AGAUGUUGCAGUACAGUUUGUUAGUGCUGGCCCUGGUUUUUACCAGCGGACAUGCUGACACUGACUUCCCCACUGGGAGCUCUGACAUGGGGUACAGGAGCUGCAAGGACAUCAAGAAAAUUGAUAGUUUCGCAACUGAUGGACUAUAUACUCUGACAACCAAAGAUGGAGAGCAGUACCAAACCUUCUGUGACAUGACCACAAAUGGAGGAGGAUGGACAUUGGUGGCCAGUGUACAUGAAAACAAUUUGUAUGGGAAGUGCACAACAGGAGAUCGCUGGACCAGUCAGCAGGGCAAUUCUGCUAACUAUCCUGAGGGUGAUCACAACUGGGCAAACUAUGCCACAUUUGGUAAUGCUGUUGGAGCAACUAGUGAUGACUACAAGAAUCCAGGAUAUUAUGACAUAUCCUCCAAGGACUUGGGUUUGUGGCAUGUGCCUAACCUGACUCCACUUUCUCAAUGGAGGGACACAGCUCUGCUGAGAUAUCGCACAGAAAAUGGCUUCUUGCCCACAGAAGGAGGAAACCUUUACAACUUGUACAAGAAAUAUCCACUGAAGUAUAACACUGGGAGCUGCAUAGUCAACAAUGGACCUUCUGCACCGGUUGUGUAUGACUAUGGAAAUGCUGAAAAGGCAGCCAAUUACUAUUCUCCAGCUGCUAGAGGUAAGGCAAUGUUUAUUUAG